ACCCGACAGAAAAACCAAAAUAUGAAAUAAAAUAGAAAUUGUGAAAGUGAUGAUUAUUGGAAUUCACAGAAAUCAUCGCAAGGAACCCUAAUCUAAAACUAAGAUGCGCUUCAAUUUUUGCCACGUUUCGGUUGCUUUCAUUCUCAAGUUCCUGAAUUUCCUUCAAUCCUUCAUUGGCAUUUCCAUUCUCCUCUAUUGCAUAUGGAUGUUCAACGAAUGGGACCAUCGUGUUCCUCCUCCUCCUCUUCCUCACCCUUUCCCCUUAUAUUUCAAUUCCAUCAACCUACCCGCUCCUUGGUUCAUAUACGCUUUCACGGGAGUGGGAGUUUUGGUGUUAUGUAUUUCUUUCUUGGGCUGCAUGGCAGCUGAAAUGAUCAAUGGUUGCUGCUUGUGUUUUUACACUCUACUCGUUGCAAUGCUUCUUCUGCUAGAAGCUUCCCUGGUGGGAUUCAUUGCUCUUGAUAGUGAUUGGGAAAAGGAUAUUCCAUUCGAUCCAACCGGUCAACUUGAUGAGCUUCGAGCUUUCAUUGAAGAUAAUAUAGAUAUCUGUACAUGGGUUGGCAUUACUGUGCUUGUGGUUCAGGCAUUAUCUCUACUACUGGCAUUAAUUUUACGAGCCACAGUUUCUACUCAUAGAGAAGAUUUUGAUUACGAGGAUGAAUAUGAUGUUCGGGGUAGAAGUUGGGAGCCCCUACUUAAUCCUCAAUCUGGCCAACCAUCUGGGUCUAGCAAAGGUGAUAAUAGAGGAAAUCACUCCGAUAUUUGGAGCUCACGGAUGAGAGAGAAGUACGGAUUGAACCAUGGUGAUAAGACCAGCUUCCAAGCAUGAAUUCGAGGCAAUGCCUUUUACUAGCCAUCAAGCAAUGCAUUGUAUUGACAUCUAAGUACAUAUGUAUAUCUUUCAUUUUAAUGUUUUAUUCAAUUUUAUUUGUUUUUCAGGAGAAAAUUGUGAUAAGCUAUAUAGUCGUGGUAUAUGUAUUUUAAACUAAACUAGUUAUUGAUUGAAGUUUGAGAGUCUUCAAAAAUAGCAUAGCAAAAGAGAAAAUUGAAAGAAAAAAAAAAAAAAAGAUACCAAG